UGUUGGCUACAGAGUAUAUCCAUGGAGCUCCUCUUGAUGUCGUCAUUAACUCUGACAGCUGCAUUGUAAAGCUGGAAGGACACGAUGACGAAUUCAUCGCUCUCGAUCUAGCAAUGGCGACAGAGUAUAUCCAUGCACAGCAGGUUAUUCAUCAGGACCUUAAGCCAGCCAAUGUUAUGAUUCAAUUACAGUCGAAGAGGGCAGUCCUAACAGACUGGGGUUUGGCCAAUAUUAGAGACACUGUCCAGCUUCGCCAAGGUAGCCGUGCACAAGGACAGGCUGUAGGGCCCAUGGGCGGGACAUUUCUGUACAUGGCACCUGAGUGCAUCCUGCACUUUCAGGAUGCCUCCUGGUACACUGACAUGUGGUCCCUGGGGGCCACCUAUCUGGAAUUGUUCACAAGGUCAUCCCCAUGGCUCAUCAGAAAACAACGAGCGCUGGCUGCUCUCAUGGCAUCGAAGACCCCUCCACACGCUCUCCAAAGUCUCAACGAGAAGUACCACUUUUUGGGUACAUUGCUCAACUAUGAGCCGCAAUCCCGACCCAACGCCUCAGGAGUAGUAGAAUUUCUCAAGUCAGGGCUUGGCCUGGAUUUAGAGAGCCGAUAUGGGUAUAAGUGGUAG